AUGCCGCGACAACAACGUUCUAUACGGACUUCUUGUGAAGGCAGAUUAAGUCUUGCUAUAGCCUCCUAUCGUAAUAAUCCAAAACAAUCAGUACGCGCACUUGCAGCAGCGUAUGACGUGCCAAAAUCAACUCUUCAGACACGUCUCCAGGGUGUUCAGCCACGAUCAGAGAUUCCAUCUACUAGGCGUAAGCUACUGCCUAUUGAAGAGCAGUCUCUCGUACAG